AACAGUGUUGACUUGUAAUUGAUCAACUUAGAUCGGGGGCAGGCCGGGGGAGGGCAGUGCUUUUGAUUUAGGCUGGGAAAGGCCUCCUAGUGACUAUGUUCAAUUUGGAGGAAUUCAGAUGUUCUUUUGUUAUACAAGUGAAGCUGUGUAAUACAAAUGAGGAGUUUUACCUUUCCUAAAUCUUCCCCUUAUCAUUCCAGUAGUAUCAGUGAGAUCUGGUUGUGAUUUAUGUAAAUGGUGGCUAAAAAAUUCAAACUACUGAGGGGGAGCAUUCUCAUUUUACAGCUUCACAUGCUGUGCUGAACUAAAUAAGUAGCGUGGGAUGCUGGCUUUGUGACAGGUCUUUUGUCAUUUUUCAGAAGCAUUUUGACGUGUUGAUGUCAAUUUGGAACAGCUGAAAAAAUACAGGAAAAUAAGAUAACUACGUACAUGUUGAGGGUGGGGACAAAAUGAAGGUUCUGAACCAGCUGCCGGCUUACAGUAGCCAUAUAAGCAGCAGCAGCAAUGCACCAACCUGGUGGCAUGGAAUGUUCACAUGGGAGAGCCGCAUGAGGCCGCCCACCACGCUUCCUGAAGGAUGCCGGUGUGGAAGAAUUUUGACAUGCCAGUGUCCUCGUUCUACAGGGUGUUCCAUUCUUCCACAAUCUCAGAAAAAUGGGACUAAAAGAAACUAGUUUGUAAAAUAAGAAGACUUCCAUUUUUAAUGACCAACAUGUAUUAAGAUGGACACCUAUUCUACGAAAUACGAAGUUCUAUGGUCUCGAAGAAGCCAGUGCCUGUUUAAAACCGAUCCUAAAUAAAAACACACUUGAGUGGAUAUGAGAAUGUUGGUUAGUGGCAGAAGAGUCAAAAAAUGGCAGUUAAUUAUUCAGUUAUUUGCUACUUGUUUUUUAGCGAGCCUCAUGUUUUUUUGGGAACCAAUCGAUAAUCACAUUGUGAGCCAUAUGAAGUCAUAUUCUUACAGAUACCUCAUAAAUAGCUAUGACUUUGUGAAUGAUACCCUGUCUCUUAAGCACACCUCAGCUGGGCCUCGCUACCAAUACUUGAUUAACCACAAGGAAAAGUGUCAAGCUCAAGACGUCCUCCUUUUACUGUUUGUAAAAACUGCUCCUGAAAACUAUGAUCGACGUUCCGGAAUUAGAAGGACGUGGGGCAAUGAAAAUUAUGUUCGGUCUCAGCUGAAUGCCAACAUCAAAACUCUGUUUGCCUUAGGAACUCCUAAUCCACUGGAGGGAGAAGAACUACAAAGAAAACUGGCUUGGGAAGAUCAAAGGUACAAUGAUAUAAUUCAGCAAGACUUUGUUGAUUCUUUCUACAAUCUUACUCUGAAAUUACUUAUGCAGUUCAGUUGGGCAAACACCUAUUGUCCACAUGCCAAAUUUCUUAUGACUGCUGAUGAUGACAUAUUUAUUCACAUGCCAAAUCUGAUUGAGUACCUUCAAAGUUUAGAACAAAUUGGUGUUCAAGACUUUUGGAUUGGUCGUGUUCAUCGUGGUGCCCCUCCCAUUAGAGAUAAAAGCAGCAAAUACUACGUGUCCUAUGAAAUGUACCAGUGGCCAGCUUACCCUGACUACACAGCUGGAGCUGCCUAUGUAAUCUCCGGUGAUGUAGCUGCCAAAGUCUAUGAGGCAUCACAGACACUAAAUUCAAGUCUUUACAUAGACGAUGUGUUCAUGGGCCUCUGUGCCAAUAAAAUAGGGAUAGUACUGCAGGACCAUGUGUUUUUUUCUGGAGAGGGUAAAACUCCUUAUCAUCCCUGCAUCUAUGAAAAAAUGAUGACAUCUCAUGGACACUUAGAAGAUCUCCAGGACCUUUGGAAGAAUGCUACAGAUCCUAAAGUAAAAACCAUUUCCAAAGGUUUUUUUGGUCAAAUAUACUGCAGAUUAAUGAAGAUAAUUCUCCUUUGUAAAAUUAGCUAUGUGGACACAUACCCUUGUAGGGCUGCGUUUAUCUAAUAGUACUUGAAUGUUGUAUGUUUUCACUGUCACUGAGUCAAACCUGGAUGAAAAAAACCUUUAAAUGUUUGUCUACACCCUAAGUAAAAUGAGGACGAAAGACAAAUAUUUUGAAAGCCUAGUCCAUCAGAAUGUUUCUUUGAUUCUAGAAGCUGUUUAAUAUCACUUAUCUACUUCAUUGCCUAAAUUCAUUUCAAAGAAUUUGUAUUUAGAAAAGGUUUAUAUUAUUAGUGAAAACAAAACUAAAGGGAAGUUCAAGUUCUCAUGUAAUGCCACAUAUAUACUUGAGGUGUAGAGAUGUCAUUAAGAAGUUUUGAUGUUAGAAUAAUUGCUUUUGGAAAAUACCAAAUGAACGUAUAGUACAACAUUUCAAGGAAAUGAAUAUAUUGUUAGACCAGGUAAGCAAGUUUAUUUUUGUUAAAGAGCACUUGGUGGAGGUAGUAGGGGCAGGGAAAGGUCAGCAUAGGAGAGAAAAUUCAUGAAUCUGGUAAAACAAAGUCUCUUGUUCUUAAGAGGAGAUGUAGAAAAAUGUGUACAAUGUUAUUAUAAACAGACAAAUCACGUCUUACCACAUCCAUGUAGCUACUGGUGUUAGAGUCAUUAAAAUACCUUUUUUUGCAUCUUUUUUCAAAGUUUAAUGUGAACUUUUAGAAAAGUGAUUAAUGUUGCCCUAAUACUUUAUAUGUUUUUAAUGGAUUUUUUUUUAAGUAUUAGAAAAUGACACAUAACACGGGCAGCUGGUUGCUCAUAGGGUCCUUCUCUAGGGAGAAACCAUUGUUAAUUCAAAUAAGCUGAUUUUAAUGAAGUUUUCAACUGGUUUUUAAAUAUUCAAUAUUGGUCUGUGUUUAAGUUUGUUAUUUGAAUGUAAUUUACAUAGAGGAAUAUAAUAAUGGAGAGACUUCAAAUGGAAAGAGAGAGCAUUACAAGCCUAAUGUCUCCAUAAUUUUAUAAAAUGAAAUCUUAGUGUCUAAAUCAUUGUACUGAUGACUAAAAUUAACCCACUCCUCCCCAACAAGGUCUUAUAAACCACAGCACUUUGUUCCAAGUUCAGAGUUUUAAAUUGAGAGCAUUAAACAUCAAAGUUAUAAUAUCUAAAACAAUUUAUUUUUCAUCAGUAACUGUCAGAGGUGAUCUUUAUUUUCUAAAUAUUUCAAACUUGAAAACAGAGUAAAAAAGUGAUAGAAAAGUUGCCAGUUUGGGGGUUAAAGCAUUUUUAAAGCUGCAUGUUCCUUGUAAUCAAAGAGAUGUGUCUGAGAUCUAAUAGAGUAAGUUACAUUUAUUUUACAAAGCAGGAUAAAAAUGUGGCUAUAAUACACACUACCUCCCUUCACUACAGAAAGAAUUAGGUGGUGUCUACUGCUAGGGAGAUUAUAUGAAGGCCAAAAUAAUGACUUCAGCAAAAGUGACUGAACUCACUCUAAGACCUUUGACUGCAGAGGCACCUGUUAGGGAAAAUCAGAUGUCUCAUAUAAUAAGGUAAUGUCGGAAACAUGCAAAACAAAACUAAAAAAGAUUUCUCAGUAUACACAACUGGAUGAUGAUACUUACAAUUUUUAGCAGGUAGCUUGUUAAUGUUUACAGAAAUUUUAAUUUUUUUCUAUUUUGAAAUUUGAGGCUUGUUUACAUUGCUUAGAUAAUUUAGUAUUUUUAACUAAUGUCAAAACUACAGUGUCAAACAUUCUAGGUUGUAGUUACUUUCAGAGUAGAUACAGGGUUUUAGAUCAUUACAGUUUAAGUUUUCUGACCAAUUAAAAAAACGUAGAUAAAAGCAUAUUUGACCAAGCAACAAGCUUAUAAUUAAUUUUUAUUAGUUGAUUGUUUAAUGAUGUAUUGCCUUUUGCCCAUAUAUACCCUGUGUAUCUACACUUGGAAGUGUUUAAGGUUGCCAUUGGUUGAAAACAUAAGUGUCUCUGGCCAUCAAAGUGAUCUUGUUUACAGCAGUGCUUUUGUGAAACAAUUAUUUAUUUGCUGAAAGAGCUCUUCUGAACUGUGUCCUUUUAAUUUUUGCUUAGAACAGAAUGGAGCAAGUUUAAAUUUCAAGGAAAUAUGAAGGCACUUCCUUUUUUUCUAAGAAGGAAGUUGCUAGAUGAUUCCUUCAUCACACUUACUUAAAGUACUGAGAAGAGUAUCUGUAAAUAAAAGGGUUCCAACCUUUUAAAAAAGAAGGAAAAAACUUUUUGGUGCUCCAGUGUAGGGCUAUCUUUUUAAAAAAUGUCAACAAAGGGAAAAUAAACUAUCAGCUUGGUUGGUCACUUGAAUAGAAGAUGGUUAUACACAGUGUUAUUGUUAAAAUUUUUUUACCUUUUGGUUGGUUUGCAUCUUUUUUCCAUAUUGUUAAUUUUAUACCAAAAUGUUAAAUAUUUGUAUUAUUUGAAUUUUGCUCUUGUAUGGCAAAAUAAUUAGUGAGUUUAAAAAAAAUCUAUGGUUUCCAAUAAACAACUGAAAAAUUA